AGAGAGAGAGAGAGAGAGAGAGAGAGAGAGAGAGAGAGAGAGAGAGAGAGAGAGACUGCUCCGGAUCAGCAGUGAGACAGCUGCACAAGGUCUCAGGUCAGUGAUGAAGUGAACAUUACCUGACUGAAGAUGUCGGAGGGGCCCUGUUUCAUAUCGGAGUGGCUCCACACUCUCAAGCUGGAGCAGUACCUGGAGCUCUUUGAGGAACAUGGUUUGUACACAGUUGCAGACUUAAGGGCCCUCAGUGAUGAGGAACUGACCAAAAUAGGGGUUAUGUUGCCCGGACACCGGAAGCGCAUUCUUGGAUUUCUCCAAAAAUCCAUGUCUUUGGAAUAUCCAACAGAAGAGGUGGCGUGUAGACCAGUGCCCAUGAAAAGGAAUGUGUUUAAAGGUGGUACCACCAGCAGUAACCAGGCAGUGCCUCCCUCUGUGCCCAACAACUGGGCGUCUUUAGAGGAUUCUGAGCAAAGAGGACAGAUACGGGUGCCGCCACCCAUCCCCCCAAGAAAGGGAUGUGCUCCUCCUUUCAAAUUUUCCAUCACUCCUCCCAGUAGCACCUCCCCACUGCUACUCCAGGACUCCCCACCAUUAGAAAAGGCCGUGUGUCCACCAGCUGUCAAUCUUCAAAGCACUGAAUCCAAAUCUCAUCCUGAGGAAAAGCAGGUUGAGGGGAGUGUCCAAUUGGUAGCUCCACCCCUGCCCGCCAAGCGUCAUAAGGUAGAGAACAAGAGUCCAAGCAAGAGCCCCCCGUCUUUACCAGUGUGCCCUCCUGUGGUGCCUCCAAGGACUCACGUCACUCUCUUGUCCAGCAGUCCUCCUUCCGAAGCUAAAGGAAAAGCUAUUGAAGAAAUUCCAGACGUCUUUCCUAUUAUUGCCCCUAAACCCUUUCCCAAAGUUCCACCUAGAGAUCUUCCUCCAAAACAAGUUGCACCAAGAGAGGUUCCACAACCACCCAGAGAGGUUCCACAACCACCCACAGAGGUUCCACAACCACCCACAGAGGUCCCACAACCACCCACAGAGGUCCCACAACCACCCACAGAGGUCCCACAACCACCCACAGAGGUCAUAAUUCCACCCAGAGAGGUCAUAAUUCCACCCAGAGAGGUCAUAAUUCCACCCAGAGAGGUCAUACCACCGGUCAAAGAGGUACUGCCAAAAGAUAACCCAUCAGCACCCAGAGAGGUCAUAUUGCCACCUAGGGAGGUUGUACUACCAACCAGAGAUGUUGAACUAUCAUGCAGAGAUGUAAUUCCACCAACCAGAGAAGUCAUACCAAUAUCCAGAGAGGUUGUACCACAACCAACAGAGAUCACGCCAGCACCAAGAGAGAUUGUACCACCACCAAGAGACUUUGUGCUACCACACAGAGAGGUCACACAGGUACUGAGACCACCACCUAGAGAAGUGAUUCCCACUCAUCUGAAACCAGAGCCUGCCGAGAGGGAUUUAGGGACGCUGUAUGAAAUGACUGGGGAGAUUGAUGGCGUUAUCCUCACCGGGUUCUAUAGUUUAAAGUCCAGCAACUUGGUGAGUGAUGAUGAGCAGAUUGAUGAUGCGUCGGAUUACGAGGAUACUCCAUCCAUUAUUCGGAGUGACAGUGACAUCAGCGCUUGCCAGUCCAGCAGUUCCCUUUCCUCGGGGGUCUCCAGCACCCACAGCUACAGCGGCAGUAUGGACGAUACCAACUCCACUCAGCACUCGGUGAUUAUCAAAACUGGGUGGUUGGACAAGAACCCGCCGCAAGGGUCGUACAUUUUCCAGAAGCGAUGGGUGAAGCUGGACCUGGAUUAUCUCCGAUACUAUGAAAGUGAAAAGGACAUGUAUUCUAAUGGCUUCAUCAAAACCAAUUUCAUAUCUGAAGUCACUCCCUGCGGGGAUCAGAAAUUUGAAGUCAGAACCUCUAACCGGGACUUUGUCUUCCGGGCUGAGAGUGAUGCGGAUCGAAAUGACUGGGUGAAAGCCUUCAAGCAGGUGGUGCAGGAGAAGCGGAACCGAUUAUCUACUUACCAGCCAGUGGCCGCGAGCUCUGUGGGUGCCGACAAGAGUGGCCUCCUGGAACUGAGAGGAUUUAGGAACAAGGUGUAUGUGGAGGUGGUGAUGGAUAAGGUGUUCCUGUACAAGAGCGCCGAGGAUCGUGCGUCCGGGGUCGGAUUAAAGUUCAUUGAUAUGAACCUCGGCAGUGUGAAGGAUUGUGAUAGGAGGAGCUUUGACCUGACAACUCCUUACAAGACUUUCAGUUUCUCGUCAGACAGUGAGUCGGAGAAGGCUGAUUGGGUGGAAGCCAUGUUGCAGUCUAUCGGAGAAGCACUUUCCAACCUUGAAGUCGCCCAGAAGAUCUGGUCGGUAGAAGGGAACCGGCGCUGCUCCGACUGUAAUGGGUCCAAUCCAGACUGGGCCUCCAUCAACCUGUGUGUAGUGAUGUGCAAGCGAUGCGCGGGGGAGCACCGAAGCCUCGGGCCAAACAUCAGCAAAGUGCGGAGUCUCAAAAUGGACCAUAAAGUUUGGACACCGGAGCUGAUAGAGCUCUUCCAGAAAGUGGGAAAUGCGAUAAGCAACAGGUUCUGGGCGGCCAAUGUGCCCCCCAGUGAAGCCAUUGAUGUGACGAGCAGCACGCAGGAGAGGAAAAAGUUCAUCUUGGCUAAAUAUCGGGAGGGAAAGUACCGGCAGUAUCACCAGCUCUUUGGAAAUCAGGCCGAGCUCGACAAGGCUCUGUGUGCCGCAGUGACCACGAGUGAUCUGGCCGAGACUCAGGCAUUGUUGUUCUGCGGGGCAGAUGUGAACUGCAGCACCUGUGACCCCGCUUACCCGACCCCCAUCAAAUUGGCGGAGCAGGCGGGACAGAGGCUGCAAACGGAAUUCCUGAUGCAGAACCGAAUGUCGGAAAUCCCUCGCCUAGAGCUGGGGACCAACAUAGAGAAGGAAUAUUAUGUUGUGCGCCCCAACAUCACCCACAAUGGCUUCCUGCACAAAACCUCAUCUAUGAACCGAUUGGUCACCGAAAGAAAGUCCAAGGAAGAGUUCAGCCGGCGCUGGUGUGUCCUCAGUGAUGGGGUUUUCAGUUACUAUGAGAACAACCUCAGCUCCACUCCCAAUGGCGAGAUUAAAAUGGGGGAGAUUGUGUGCGUUGCGGUGAACCCUACAGACACUCAUGGGUUCGAAAGCACUUUUGAAAUUUACACCCAGUCGGAGCGUCUCUAUCUGUUUGCGGCAGAAACCCCAGAGGAAGCCAGAGAAUGGGUGAAAUCCAUCACUAAGUGUUUCCUUCCCCUUAGAGCCGAGGAGCUUCUCAGUUACGACUUUGACCGGAUUGGGCGGCUGCAGUACAAGGGGGGGCUGAGCCUGGAGCGCACCACCAUCGGCUGGUUCUCCCUCUAUAAGACCAAACUCUACAUGUAUCUGGAGGACGGGGACACGGUGGACGUCAUUCACCUGAAGAAGCUGUCGGAACUCUCGAUCAAGGAUAAAGAUAUUCUGGUACUGGUGGCCAAAGGCAGGAUAACAUAUAUUCUGGCAGCCAGGAAGUUGGAUUUUUCUGGCUGGGUGAAUGCGAUCCAGAAGGCGAGUAGCUCCACGGGGGAUACGUUAUCAGAGCAGCAGCUGACGGGUUCCGACGUUCCUGUGCUGGUGCACAAGUGCAUUGAUCACAUAUCCCAGUUUGGUAUGGCCUCAGAAGGGAUCUACAGGAAGAGUGGGCAAACCUCUAAGACUACAAGCCUCCUGGAAGCCCUGAAGAAGGACGCACGCACAGUGGUGCUCAAAGAAGAUGAACAUCACGUUGAUAAUGUCUCCGACACCCUGAAGAGGUUCUUUAGGGGACUGGAGGAGGGAAUCUUUGGAGAACACUGUCAGGACUGGUUAAAUGUACCAGGAAUAGACGACGAGUGCAUGAGAUUUGGAAGGUACCAGGAACUUCUGCAGAACCUGCCCCAAGUCAACAGAGCUACUCUCAAAGCACUAAUUACUCACUUAUACUGCAUUAAGCACUUUUCGGAUGAGAAUCAAAUGAACGUCCAUAACUUGGCCAUUGUGUUUGGCCCCACGCUCUUCCAGACGGACGGACAAAACUACAAGCCGGGACGUGUGGUCGAAGAUCUCAUCACCUACUUCCGACCCAUAUUUGGAGUCAGUGAGCAGGAGUUGCAGAAGCAGCUGAAUGUCAUCAAGGCCAUCAUCAAACUGAGAGACACGGGGAAACCCAAACACCAGAGCCCAGCUUUUAUCUGCACGGUUUAUCUGGAAGAGAAGGGUAAGAAAUCAGAACACAGCGUGCAGAUUCCCGCCAACAUGUCGGCAGAAGAGCUGACAAAGACGGUUCUUGGGAUGAGGGGCAUCCACAGCGAGGCGACUGAUUACUGGGGGUGCUCCGAGGUGGACGAGAUUGAGGAGACAGAGCGGCCCCUGCACUUCUCUGAGAAGGUUCUGCACAUCUUCCACUCCGACCGGGCCAACUGCAACCUGGUUGUAAAGAAGCACGAACACAUGGACGCCAUGCUCACGUAUAUCAACAGCCGAGUGGGAGAUUCCAAGAAUGGGCCGAUAAAGUUCCGCGAGGAGAAGAGCCUCCUGGGCUUCGGUGUUGCCUUCCACGAGCGAUACUUCAUGCUGAAUAGCACCAUGUUGCGCAUGUACAGGGAAAUACGGAGCGGCAGGCGGGCGAGUCUGUCUGCGGAGAGUGAGAGUCACCGGGCGGAGAAGGAGUGGCCAAUGAAAAACCUCACCAUUUAUUUGGGCAUCAAGAAGAAAAUGCGUCCGCCCAGCAGGAAUGAGAAGUGUAAGUCUGACAAGAAUGACAAGCAGGAGAAGACACAAUGCCUGGGAUUUACUGUUGUGUAUAAGAAUGACAAGCAGGAGAAGACACAAUGGUACCUGGCCUUUGAUACUGAGAAAGACAUGAGGGAGUGGUUUGCGGCAUUAACCUUUGUUCAGCACGGCAGUCUGUGGCCAGAGGAGGGGGCUAUACUGCGGCCACUGAGGACAAAUUUGGAGACCAGGCUGGGGAACAUGUCCCUCAUCCCUAUACGAGGCAACGAGAAUGACAUAAGGAGGAGCCUGUCACAAUUAACCAUAGAUCCAGUCUCCCUUCUCGGCAAUGUAUGAGGCCAGUGGGACGAGUCAGAGCUCAGACUUUGUGUAUAAAGGAAUGAGCCCCACUCCAGGACUUCAGAAGGUCAGUGUCGGAAGGAAUAAGGGAGAAUAAAGUGGAAUCAGCGGAAUCCUCAAAAGUCACUGGAAACUCUGGGACUCGCAUUUUAACUCGCAUUAGAACUGGACCUGUGUUCGGAAUCUACAGAAUCAAGUAUUUGAAUCCAAAUUGCACAGUAAUGUCCUGCCCUCACUGUGGGAUCCUUUGUGGAAAUCUGUAAAUAAGCCACGAGAUUUGCCCCAGGACUUUCACAUGCCCGGGCUACUGGUCCAACGCGGGUUUAGGAAGACGAUAUGAAGGGACAGGUGACCUUGAUCCAACUGGAGACGUCUCUUAGAGUUGUAGGGGACACUGUAUAAUAUAUGUGUACGGCUGAGGGGCCAAUGGGGUCCUUCUGUGGGGCCAUCAAGCUGGGAGCAGGGGGACCAACCUGGAACUUCCGUGGGGGCGUGGCCUGGUCUUUGAGGACAAAGUGCCUUAUUUUAAGAGGAUCGUCAUUGGGAGACUUUUAGGCAAUGGGCCCUUUUAGGGCGGAGCCACAUUUGUCGCAAUUGCUCAGGACAUUUACGUACAAUGAUGAUCUGCAGCACUUCUUUAUCUUCUUUAUCUUCUUUAUCUUCUUUUCUUUAUCUUCUUUAUCUUCUUUUC